UUGUCCUAUAGCGUUUAAACAGAGUCCAAAUAAUGUGUUCUGAUUGGCUCUUCCACAUGCCAGUUUAUUUAGCGCCGCGGUUUCCCGCCAACGCCCCCUUAAUGUGUAAACAUCAUUGCACUCCAUUAGUUUAUAAGCGCAAAUAAGACGUCCUCAGCGGUCAUGGCAGUCAGACUGUGUGAUGUGGCUUCUCUUCUGAGAAGUGGAUCGUGGGCAGCUGAGCCGUGGACUGGGCAGGUGAUUGCUGCCAUGGAGACGCAGCUGUCCAAUGGGCCCAGCUGUACCAGCAAUGACCCCAACAGCGUCUCUAAUAACUGCUCGUCACCCACAGAGACACCCGACAGCACCGAGGACAGUAAAACCAACCUGAUCGUCAACUACCUCCCUCAAAACAUGACGCAGGAGGAGCUGAAGAGUUUGUUCGGCAGCAUCGGAGAAAUUGAGUCUUGCAAACUUGUGCGAGACAAAAUCACAGGUCAGAGUCUGGGCUAUGGGUUUGUCAACUAUGUGGAGCCCAAAGAUGCAGAGAAAGCCAUCAACACUUUAAAUGGACUGAGGUUGCAGACCAAGACCAUCAAGGUGUCGUACGCUCGACCGAGCUCUGCGUCCAUCCGUGAUGCUAACCUGUAUGUGAGCGGUCUGCCAAAAACCAUGACCCAGAAAGAACUGGAGCAGCUUUUCUCUCAGUAUGGACGCAUCAUCACAUCCAGAAUCCUUCUCGACCAAGUCACAGGUGUGUCCAGAGGUGUUGGGUUCAUCCGUUUUGAUCGGCGUGUUGAAGCUGAGGAGGCCAUUAAAGGUUUAAACGGGCAGAAGCCACCGGGUGCUACAGAGCCGAUCACGGUGAAGUUUGCCAACAACCCCAGUCAGAAGAGCAGCCAGGCGUUACUAUCUCACCUGUACCAGUCACCCAGCAGACGAUACCCAGGACCGCUGGCGCAGCAGGCUCAGAGAUUCAGGCUGGACAAUUUGCUCAACAUGGCGUAUGGAGUCAAGAGUAGAUUUUCACCAGUGAACAUUGACGGGGUCACAAGCCUGGCGGGCAUCAAUCUUCCGGCUCACGCCGGUGCAGGGUGGUGCAUUUUCGUGUAUAAUCUGGCGCCUGAUGCGGACGAGAGUGUCCUCUGGCAGAUGUUCGGUCCGUUCGGCGCCGUGACCAAUGUAAAGGUCAUACGAGACUUCAACACGAACAAAUGCAAAGGCUUCGGCUUCGUCACCAUGACUAAUUAUGACGAGGCAGCCGUAGCGAUCGCCAGUUUAAAUGGGUAUCGACUCGGUGACCGAGUUUUACAGGUCUCUUUCAAAACUAACAAAACACACAAGGCCUGAAGAACUGAACGUGGCAGCAAAUAAUCAUUUAAUGUUUCGUUUUUGAUUGUUUUUCUAAAAUUUAAGUUUUAUUUUUAACAUCAUCCGUUUGAACGGUGGGUGUGGUGCGUGCAUUUGUUUGUGUGUGUGUGUGUGUGUGUGUGUGUGUGUGUGUGUGUGUGUGUGUGUGUGUGUGUGCGCGUGUGUAUGAGUGUGUGCUUUUCAGUUGGCUUUUUAUUUUAUUGUAUUUCAUUUUCGGUUGCUUUCAAGUUCAUUUAAAAUAGGAAAUCUUUGAAAUUUAAGCUACUUUGGUUGCUAAUUUAGUUUGAGUUUGUGAAUUGCUUGUUUAAUGUACAAAUAAUAAAUGGGGAAAAAAAUUCUAUAAAGUGAUAACUUGCCAAAGAGCAAAAACCUUUUUGAUGUUUCGAUAUUACAAAACUCACUUGAGGAAGUAUUACUUUAUGUUCAGUGUUGAUUUUGGUUUAUUUUUUUUAAAGAUUUCAUUCUGUUCAGUGGUUUUGUAGUGGCAUUGUUAUAAUUAUUGUAAAUAAGAUUUUGUUUUGUUUUCUUCUAUUAAGAGAAAUGUGGACACUUUAGUUUCCUUUGAUUUCAGACACCAUAUAUUUUUAUGGUUAAAAGCUGUGCCACGUGUUUUUGCUGUUUUGAUUUGGAUUUAAAAGCUUGGGGUUUAUUUGUAGGUUAGGAGUUGAUGUGUCUUGGUGAUCAUACUUUCUUGUGUGAUCUUGAAUGCUGUGGAAUUGAAUAUUGUGAACACUUUUGAUUCAUGAUAUCCAUUUGCACCAUCUUUGAAAUGCUCAAAAAAAUUUGUUAGGUUAAUAGUUUCAAAUUUCUUUUGGUUUAAUGAUUGAGGUUAAAAAACUGGUGAAUGAGCUGUAAUCUCCGUGAGGCAGAGUCGGAAAGCAUUCCUGGCGUUCCUGGCUCUGCCCGUGAGCUGCUAACGUCUGCAGUAUGACUGCAUAUAAUGUGUGUGAAUGAAUCUUGAUUUGAACGUGUACAGUAUGAUUUCUUUCUUAAUUUUGGAUGUACAGUAUCUUUAUGUUAAGUAUUUAAAUAAGACGAGAUGUACAUGUUCUUUUGUGUUUGGAGUCAUUUGUAUUUUUUUCUUGUUCAGUACAUCAAUAAAUGUGUUAAGGGUAAAACACA